AUGGCAACCCCGAUGGUGGAAGAUUCAGGCUUCGAAGAUGACCAGCUUGUCUCCAUGACUACUGAAGAUAUCACAAGAAAUUCUCGUCUUAUCGAUAACGAGAUUCGCAUUCUCAAGGAAGAGGUGCAGAGAACGAAUCUGGAGCUGGAUUCAUUUAAGGAGAAGAUAAAGGAGAAUCAAGAGAAGAUUAAACUCAACAAGCAGCUGCCUUACCUAGUUGGCAACAUUGUUGAGAUUUUGGAAAUGAACCCAGAAGACGAGGCUGAAGAAGACGGGGCAAACAUUGACCUUGACUCUCAAAGGAAGGGUAAAUGUGUAGUGCUGAAAACAUCAACUCGUCAGACUAUUUUUCUUCCUGUUGUUGGGCUUGUUGAUCCUGACAAGUUGAAGCCUGGUGACUUGGUUGGAGUCAACAAAGAUAGUUACCUGAUCUUGGAUACUCUACCGUCAGAGUAUGAUUCACGAGUGAAGGCCAUGGAGGUUGAUGAAAAACCCACAGAAGACUACAAUGAUAUUGGAGGCUUGGAGAAGCAGAUCCAAGAAUUAGUCGAGGCUAUUGUAUUGCCCAUGACUCACAAAGAGCGAUUUCAGAAGUUGGGUAUUCGUCCUCCCAAAGGUAUCCUCUUGUAUGGACCUCCUGGAACUGGCAAAACACUGAUGGCCCGUGCUUGUGCUGCACAAACAAAUGCCACUUUUCUAAAGUUGGCAGGCCCGCAACUUGUUCAGAUGUUCAUUGGAGACGGAGCCAAACUUGUCCGUGAUGCCUUCCAGCUUGCAAAAGAGAAAUCUCCCUGCAUCAUUUUCAUAGAUGAAAUUGAUGCUAUUGGCACAAAGCGGUUUGACAGUGAGGUUAGUGGAGAUAGGGAAGUGCAGAGGACUAUGUUAGAAUUGCUCAAUCAGCUUGAUGGCUUUAGCAGUGAUGACAGGAUUAAGGUGAUUGCUGCAACAAAUCGUGCUGAUAUCCUGGACCCAGCCCUCAUGCGAUCAGGUCGAUUGGAUCGUAAAAUUGAAUUCCCACAUCCAAGUGAAGAAGCAAGAGCUCGAAUUUUGCAGAUCCACUCAAGGAAGAUGAACGUCCAUCCUGAUGUGAACUUUGAAGAACUCGCUCGCUCCACGGAUGAUUUCAAUGGGGCACAGCUUAAAGCAGUUUGUGUUGAAGCUGGGAUGCUAGCUCUUCGCCGUGAUGCAACUGAGGUGAAUCAUGAGGAUUUUAAUGAAGGUAUCAUCCAGGUGCAAGCGAAGAAAAAAUCUAGUCUUAAUUAUUAUGCAUAA